UUUAAGAUUGACUCACCAAAAUUUUCUUUUGUCUUUUUUUUUUUUCCUACCUCACUAAAGAGGAGGCGGGGCAGUUCACGCUAGUACUAUGGCUUAAUUGAAUUUUCAACCUUAGGCAUUAUUGACCCCUCCCCACUGGGCAUGCUGCACCGCACCUGAUCGAACUUGAAAGAUCCACCUCUUUUUGAAGCUCGGCGAACGGAAUAUAUAAUCUUAGCUAAUUGAUGUCGGCGAAAGUUUCAAAAAGUGCCUCCGCGCCAAAAAAUCCAAAAAGUACCUCUAUUUCGCCUAUAUAUUUCGCCUAUCACCAAACCACCGAGCUCGAUCAACCCAAUUGGUACGGCGAAUUGAUUAACGGUAUUCGGACACAAGGUCAUGACGAAGAUACGAUAGAUAAAAAUGUCCACUCUAAGAAAUAGCUUCCGCUGUCUUAGAGAUCUCCGGGCUACCGCGACCCGACCAUCGCGGUCCUCCGCAUCAUCAUCCUUAACCGCCUCGACGAAACCCAACACACGCCGCACAUUCGCAACCACCGUUCGUCGAGAUGACUUCCGUCGACUAGAGCAGGCCGCGGAGGAAAACUCCAUGGAGACAACUCCCGAAGAGGCUACUGUCAAGUUCCCUUACCUGCGUCCUAUGCCCGCUUCGCCGUCCUAUUUCUCGCGGCAUAUAGAAUUCAACGACAGCUUCGUUUUAGUCCAGGACCUUACGCGGAAAUACGGACGACUCCCCACAAUCCCACCAAAUCUGGCGGAGCGUGUGGCGUGGAAGACGAAGGAGCAGUAUCGAUUGGCGAUCGGUGAGGCCGUCAAGGCGAGAGACUACGCAGCCUGUAUCGGGCUGGUCAAGAGGUUAAACCAGAUUCACCCUGACAUCAUGCCAGAUGAGGUCAAGGAAGGUAUUCGGCCAUUCAAGCGGGAUAUCAACAUCUACCUCAACACCCCGAAACCCAUCCCGGUCGAUCGGUUUGGCAGGUCGCAUGGUGUAGGCAGGCGGAAAUCCUCUACGGCUCGGGCCUGGCUUGUGGAAGGGACAGGGGAGGUUCUCAUCAACGGAAAGACCAUCAAUGACGCAUUUGGAAGAGUCCACGACCGAGAAAGUGCGCUCUGGGGGCUGAAAACAAUGGAGCGAAUGGACAAAUACAACGUCUGGGCCCUGGUGGAGGGUGGGGGGACUACUGGACAAGCCGAAGCUCUUGCCAUGGCUAUUGCCAAGGCAUUGGCUGUCCAUGAGCCGGCCUUGAAGACACCCCUGAGAAAGGCUGGUUGCCUCACUCGCGAUGCUCGAAAGGUUGAAAGGAAGAAGCCCGGCCACGUCAAAGCAAGGAAAAUGCCCGCAUGGGUCAAGAGAUAGAACAGCCUCGACGUCGAAGUUUCCAAGGGGACUGGUGAUUCGUUGCUCCACGUUCUUCGGAGAGGCGAACAUCGUCAGCCUUAUUUGCAGGGGUUCUGGUCUGGCUCGGUCUACCGCACUGUUCGCGCAACGGGCCGUAUGUAUAAAGGUCAUGUAUCAUUAUGUACCCACUUCAUAAUCCGGAAUGCACUCAAGAUGAUGUUCAUGGUGACGCCGAUAUCGAUCCUGCUCAAGAUGCUUUCCAGUUAG